CGAGCGGACGACGCGGAUGUUGAUGUACUUACUGCAGUACACUGAAAAGAUAGUGGAUAAACCCUUCACUACCGUCAUGUGUCAUGUCUCAUAAAUGCUGGCGUUCCAUGAAUGAAGAUAUUUAGACACUGGCACGAUAUUUAGAUUUUUGCAAUAUUUGCGUUUCUUUCUGGUGAAUGGCCACGAAACCUUUGUGAAAAGAAGAACUACUAAGUAAUACAGGUUAAGGCUCUUGGAAAACCAGUUUCAUUUGAGCAUUAUUUGGUGAUCAUUGAUAGAUGAUGUCUUGCUUAAGCCUACUAGCUCGGGGGGCUUUAGCAGUUGCUGUAUUAGCUGUGUUGGCAUCAUACUAUCAACUUGACCCGCAUAGACUGUUAUCGCAAGACAGCAUGCCAUACAUGGGAAGUACAUUAACAAAAGUCCACAAUUAUAUUAUUGAUUUAAAACGCAUGCUGUCCACCUCUGCACCUCAUUCUACAUCAGCCAUGAAUGAAGAAAUCCUCUUCUCUGAGGAGGAUUUAUCAAGGUUUAAUGGCAAGGAGGGCAGUCCGGGGAUUUAUCUUGCAAUAUUUGGGAAAGUUUUUGAUGUAACAAAGGGCAGGAAGCACUAUGGUCCAGGUGGCAGCUAUCAUUCUUUUGCUGGGCGGGAUGCCUCUAGGGCAUUUGUCACGGGAGACUUCAGUGAGGCUGGCACCACAGACGAUGUCAUGGGACUCUCCUCAGAUGAUCUUAAGAGCAUUCAAGAUUGGUCAUUAUUCUACAAUAAGGAAUACUCUUACAAAGGAAAGGUAGUUGGACGAUAUUACACUUCAACAGGAGAACGUACAGAUUAUUACAAAAAUAUAGAGAAAUUAAUCCAGCAAGCUGUUGAUGAAAAUGCAGCUAAAAAUGCUGACUAUUUAAAAUAUCCCCCUUGCAAUGUCGAGUGGACGCCAGAAGCUGGUAGCAAAGUCUGGUGCAGCAAUCGAAGUGGAGGAAUUGAACGAGACUGGACUGGAGUGCCUCGAAAGUAUUACAAACCAGGUUCGGAUUCUUUUCGCUGCGCAUGUAUUCAAUUCUCUGAAGAAAUGAGGACAUCUCCCCAGAGAAAAGGCAAUGUGGAAGAGUAUGAAGAUUGUUCACCUGAGUCAGAAUCGUGUUAUAUUAGAAAUGAUGACUAGAUAUGAACAGCUUUUAUUCCCUUAUUUUCUUACUAUUAUCAGUGCACAUUCCAUUCUCUCUUUCUUCAAAUAAAAUAAGACUUGGAUGAAAGAAAA